ACCCUAACAACCAACGAAGCCUUUCGUUCGCGUUUCGUCGUCUAGUUUUCAAUAGAAAAUGCAUUUAAAGAUGGAAAACAUGCGUUAUUUGUAUCAUUGAUGUAUCAUUCACUGGAUGCUAACAUGUCUCAAGUAAAUGGUCACAGUCCAAUACACAAUGGAACCAGGAUCAAUCAAAGGAGCCCUGGACGUGGUCCCAAGAGUCCUACCCAUAAUGGAGCACACACAGAGACUGGCGGCUCACACCUGGUCAAUGGUAAGCCUCGUCUACCACCCAUCAACACACCAGCAAGUAUCUUAUCCAGCAGAAACUCCAGGGAUUAUAGCAAGAGCAAGUUAAUGACUCACAGGAGAUCUAAGGAGAUGCAGGGACUGUUGAUGGAGAAGAUCUACCAGAAAGCAGAGCAGAUCAGAGAGAAUGUGGAGGAAAAAGCCAGGAAAAGACCACCUUCUGCAAAUGAUCCAGAUUACCCAACAACGAUGAUGAGUAAAGAUCGUCAGACAAGGGUAAGAUGUGUGAAUCUUCUGUAUUAAUUUGCUGUUUGUGUUGUGAUGUACAUGUAAUAUUAAUGCCCUGAAAUUUGGAGUUAUGCUAGAAUUUAGAUAUAUCAUUACUCCAUUCUUUGUGUCACUGGUGUUAACAUGCAAAUUCAUUUAUCAUAUAUAGCUUUGUUACUUUUAACCUUAUUUAUGCUUCCUUUCCACUGCUUUAUUUUACUGUCAUAUACUGUACAUGUAGACAUGUAAUAGGGAGAUGGCACUUCCAUUAUUUUGUCUUCAUUUUGUGAUUCAGUAAAAAUUGUACCCAGCUUAAUUUCACAAGUGAUAUUCCGAUAACUCAUUUCUGGGUUGUUUUGCCUAUAUUUCAUACACCUAGUUAACAUGUACCUGUAUAGACUGUAUGCAUACAUGUAGAGUGUGAUACUUUUGGGGGAGGGGAGAGGAGAGGUAAAGGGAGGGGGGAUAAAUCACAUCAAUUGAAGUAAAUUUAUGUAAUAUUUUACAUCUACUUUUGAAAAUAAAUACCCAUUGAACCUUGGUAAAUGAAUUACAUUUCUAGUUUUUGUCUCACUCACCUGCAUAGCAGGAGUGACUGAUGGUACAGUAGCAGCGGUGACCAUAGUCUUAUCAACAUUGAUAUCUUAAGCAAGGUUAAGUUUUUGAAAUUAUAUCACAAGCAAUAACAUAGGUAUAUGUACAUGGAUGAAUCCCGGGGGGGGGGGGGGGGCCACUUCCAUUGACGAGUGGAUACCAUGCGCGACCAUGGGGUCUCGAAAAGCACCCUAAACACGUAUUUUCCAUUUUCUGAAAAUGCACUCCUUAACAAGUAUUGGCGUGUGAAACUAUACCCUUAACAAGUAUUGGAAACAAAUACUAUUGGCAAGUAUUCCCAGAAUUGAGCCACUAAACAAGUACAGCGAUGUAUUUACCAUAUUCUGAAAAUGCACCCCUUAACAAGUAUUGGAAACAAAAUGAUACUCUUGGCAAGUAUUCCCUGAAAUGAACCCCUAAACGAGUACAGCGAUGUUUCAUUGUUGUCACGGGUCCGUCGGUCGUCGGUUUACCUUUACACACUACCACUGGCGUAAAUCCCAGUACAAACAUCCCCCCACUUUUUAC